AUGCUUCAUAAAUGGCCGAACAUCUUUGUGCUUUUAAAAAUUGAAUAUCAAUUUUAUAAAAUUAAUAAAAUUUUUGAAAUCAACAAUUAUCACUUCAUUAAUGUCCAAUCGGCAGCACCAGAACAAAAUCCACCACCAGCACAAGAAAACGUGACAGCGGUUAAUUCCAUUCAAAUUGCGACUUCAUCUGAAAUUUCAGAAAAUGAAAUCGAUCCAACAGAUCCAAUUUCAUUUUUUACCCAAAGAGAAGCAGAAUAUAUGGAAUCAUUUGUUGAUGUUCCUGUAAAUGAUGUACCAGAGCCAAAGAUCAAAGAACCGCUGAAAAUUAGGAUCGAAGAAAUUUUAAGGGUGCAACAAAAUAAUUGUCUCACAAAAUUGACAAAUUUGACAUGCAAAGAUUUUAGAGAUUUAUUACAUCUUUAUUUUAAUACACUUGAACACAAUCAUUAUAAACACACAAUAGUGUCAUUAGAAUCGAAAUUGCUAAUAACAUUAACUUGGUUGAAACAUUCUGGUUCAUUUAAAGACUUAGGAGCACAAUUUGGAAUUAAAAAAACACAUACAAGAGCUAUUGUAAUGGAUAUCAUAAAUAAAAUUGGUUUAAAAAUUGGUGAGGACUUUGUCAAAUGGAGACCCUAUAUUCGGUGGGAUGAAAGUGAAAAAUCUGCCGAAUAUCCCGGUAUGCUUGGAGCUUUGGACGCUACAGUACAAGAAAUUGGAAGAGCAAAAGAUCAAAAUUUAUAUUACUCUGGAAAACAUAAAAUGUGUUGUGUCAAAGUUCAAUGUUUUGUCAGUCCCAAAGGAAGAUUACUUCACUUUUCGAAACCAAUCCGUGGAAAAAGACAUGAUUUUAGAUUAUUUAAAAAAACAAAAAAUCUCAUUUCUAUCUUAAAAGCAGAAAAAGAAAGAAUGAUGGCAGAAAUUGAGACAGAGCCAUGCUUAUUAGCAGAUUUAGGAUAUCAAGGUAUUAAUGAUAUAAUACCAUGGGCAAAAAUUCCUUUUAAACGUCAAAGGAAUACAGAAUUAACAGAUGAUCAGAAGGAAUACAACCGAAAACUCUCCAGUGGUCGAAUCAUUGUCGAGAAUUAUUUUUCUCGACUCAAACGAUACUGGAGAGUGAUUGGUGGUAAAUGGCCAUUGAAAAUCAAGGGUGAUCUAAUAUUUUAUCAACACACCUUUGCAAUAUGUGCAGGUCUUACAAAUAAACUUUUGUGCCGACGUCCAUUACGUAGAGGUGCUGAAAGAUGGGAUGAUAACAUGGAUGAAAAUAGCAUGGCAUAUAACUAUCAAGAAUCAGUUUCUGAAGAUGACAGUGAAAAUUCUUAUUAA